UAGUGAUGUCGGUCUUUCUCGUUUUUACUUUCCCGGAGGACCACUGACGAACUAUUGUGCGUAACGAAGUAUUUGUGGUUACAAUGGAGGAAACGUCCUAGUUUAUUUUAUGUUUAAGGUUUUGGGACGAAACACUUACUGAGAUGAGGCGUUAUGAGUUAUUAGUUAAUCCAAUUUGGUAGUGAGUGCGUAAACAUAUUGCACUUAUUGACUAGCACAAGUUUUACGCUGAGCUUUGACUUAGGGAUAAAAAUACAAAAACUGUGUUUGUGAAACCUUGGCUCACGAUGGAAAUCAGUGGAGAAGCCAUUUCUCUGGCAGUGAGACGUGAGAACGUGCAGCGCGUCAUGGAAAUCGAAAAUGUAACAAAAGACUGGAUCAUGAUAUCAACGCCAGUGCCGAUGCUUCUGACCCUGGUGUUGUACGGUUUGAUCCUAACCCUGGGUCCCAAGAUCAUGGAGAACAGAGCCCCAUUCAAGCUUAAAUCUGUCAUGAGGUUCUACAACAUAUUCCAAGUGAUCCAUAACUUGUAUAUGGUCUACUCGUUUGCGGAAAACCCUGAUGCUAUGCCGUUCGUGAUCCAAAGUUCAUGUUCAUCCGUCACCGUUGAAGACAGCUUAUACGCAAAACAUUACUACUCGUUCAACUAUUACUCGUGGCAUUAUUUGGUCUCAAAACACAUCGAUCUCCUUGACACGGUAUUCAUGGUCCUUCGCAAAAAGAACUCUCACAUUACAUUUCUCCACGUUUAUCACCACUUUGCGAUGGUGUUCUUCUCUUGGUUGACCAUCACUGGGACUAAAAGUAUUCAUGCUGUGAUACCUGGGGCCAUCAACGUGAUAGUUCACAGCAUCAUGUACAGUUACUACUUCCUGGCGACCUUCUCCAGGUUCAAGCACCUUCUCUGGUGGAAACAUCACCUCACCAAGCUCCAACUGGGCCAGUUCGUGAUAAUUCUUCUCUACAUAUGCAGUAUUUACUACUACGGAUGUCCAAUUGACCGAAAAUUCACAUUUACCUGGUCAUUUAAUGUUUUCGUUAUUUUGGUAUUGUUUAUUAACUUCUACGUAAAAUCGUAUAUGACAAAGCCAAAGCAGGAUGUAAAAGAAUCCCAAAAAGAAGUAAAAAAGAGUUCAUGAAGCACAUUCAAAAUCCAGGUAGGAAUAAGUUUUUUUUCAAAUUUUAAAAAACCAACGGGGAUCUAUAGGUUUUGUGAGAAAUCCAAUGAACAGUAACGAAUAAAUGCUUUACGAAAAGAUUUAUCUCUCUUUAACUUUUUCUUAAAAUUAGCCAAAAUAUAGUUUUAAAUUGCCUUGACUUCUGUCAAUUGAUACCAUGUAAUGGAAAUAUCUGUACCGGUUUCAUGCUGCUCUACGAACUCUUCUUCGGGUUGUAACGUCAAGGACACUGCAUUGGGUAUCUAUAUUUCUAAUAUUUUAUUAUUAUACCUGUGUGAGCAUUUAUAUGAAGAUGGACCGUCAGCGAAAAUUUCCACCCUAACCACAACUGUUAGAGAAAGGUGUGGGUGGAAUGAUCCACAAAGGGAUGCUGAAUUACUGAUAACCAUUGUCCCAACUAGACGGAGGCUUUCAGUAAUCUCAAUGAACUGUUUAAUGGGUGGGCUGCUUGACCUAGGUGCUGACAACUAUUGAAAGAGAGUCAGGAAGAUUCCUGGGACGAGGAGGCUGCUGCAACCCCAGAGCUACGGGAUUGUAUGUAUGUUGCACAAUCUGGAGAUUCUCAGCUCAGAUUAUAUAGUCUUCUACUUCACAAGAAAUGUUUGUGGACUCUCUUCAAUGAAGUGUGUGCGAGUGUUUAGAUUUUAUUUCGUACUUUAAAAUAAUUAUGAACUCUAAAUGAAGUGUUAAUUAAAGCUGACAUCUUUGAAAUGAAACCUGAAGAUGUGCUCACAUAAUAGCAUGAAACAGCUGUAGUUAUUAUAAACGUUAUUUACCUACGACCGUUUUUUAAAGUAGCCAUUUCAGUCCAGUUCUUAGAAUUGAAAAGUUUCACUUUACAGCUGUUUACUUUCAUAUCCGCAUAGUUUCAUUUCAUAUCCGCAUAGUUUUCUCAUAUCCACACAGGUAACGGACCAAUGAGGUUCAAGUAUUGAGAGAAAAGAAUUAAAAUUGUAAUGCUUCGAACGUCAACUAAUCAGCUGAUCAGCUGAUCAGUUGACCAAUUUAAUUGUUGAUCCGACUUGUUCAUGUUGAUACUCGCGUAUUCUUAAUUAAGUUGGUGGAAGUCCAAAAAUAAAUUAAAUAUUUGCCGAAUUGUACCUGAUACAAUAUUAUUUAUGGUAAGAAUGCUGCUAGCAAUGUAAUAUUUAACGAAGUUUAACAAACACGUAAUUACAGGAAAUCAGCUGAUUAUACAACAAGUCGUUGCAUCACUUUCAGUGGCAAUGGCAAUACACGAAAACAUAACCUCUCUAAAAAGUUAUCAGUAGUGAUUGUUAGUAAUGAAAUCCAGAUUGAUAGUAAUUAAAAAACGGUCGUAGGUAAAGUAGUGUACGCAACUCGCGUUAAUAGUCUUUACGACACUCGUAGAAGUUUUUAAGGCACUCGCCAAGGCUCGUGCCUUAAAUUUUCUACUCGUGUCGUAAAGACUCACUUAACGCAAUCGUUGCGUAAACUACUAUUUAAUGUUAUUGAAAGAUAUAUUUUUGCUUUUUUAUUAUAGUUUGAAUUGUAAGGUUUAUAUUCGAGUAUAAGUUAACGAUUUUGUAUAUGAUCAUGAAUAGCUUUCUAACUGUAUGAAAUUAUACAAAUAUAACAUUGUUUGAAAGCCAAAACAAAGUAUAAAAAAGUAUAACAUUAUGUAUGAUACAAGUGAAAUCUAGAAUUGUUUGCUUCACUAAUACAUUUACAAAUUAAUUAAAAGAGUAAUAACAUUGAAUUAUAAUUAAAAGGUUAAAAACAGUUUUUAUAUUUUGCACCAUUAUAAAAAAGUAAUAACUCAAUUAUUUGUUGAAUGAGAUUUUCUACUGGAAGGUGGCAUGCAGCUGAAAUUUUAGAAGAUUGAUGAAUAAAAUCUCAACGAAAUUUGUGAAACUUGUGUAUUAAAAGUAAUAUUUGUGAAUUAGUGUAAAUGUGUAAAUGCAUUAACAGUUUUUAGAAAAUUGCCAAUGUUGUUGAAUUUAUCCUUUUUUUUAGCAAUUAAGGUGAUGAAAACUCUUGACCUAAUAAAACCACCAUUAGUGUCACCAAUUUAGUGAAAUUUAUGUCAAUCAAAGUAAACAAAGUAUACUCUAAUAAAUACACAAAAUGAAAAUAUGUACAUAACCCAACGGAAUUUGAUUAAACCCAAAUAUACUAUUGGUCAACAAACACGACGAAAAGUUUCCCAAGUUCAUUAAUAAAGCAUUAUAAAUGUCACACUCAAAGAUAUUAGCAACACAAGAUAAAUGUACUGUAAGAAAAGCGUGUAGUAAGUUUCUCUUUUGGUUUGCAACAACAUAGUGUCAUAUCCAAAUACAAUAUUUAGCAAUGAAAAUAGAUGAACUAUAGACUAUAAAUCGAAUUCUUGAGUAUACAA